CAGAUUUGUUUCGUGGUCAUGUGUUGCUGGAAUCAUACAUCCAGCACAGAGAGAGUUUCUGCACAAAGCUGUGUUUGUAUUUAGUGUGUAGUGUUUGUUUAUAUCAGGACUAUGUGGGUGCUGGGUUUCCUCUUGUUGUGUGUGUGGUGUAUCAAUGGGGAACAUCUAGAACUCGAUCAAGUUGUACUUGUGCCAGAGGAUUGGCUCCAUGCAGGCCGAGUGGCUCCUCAGGAGGACGUGGAGCUCACUUUUGCUCUCAAGCAGCAGAAUGUUGACAGACUUCAGAACCUGCUGCAGCUUGUAUCAGACCCGGAUUCACAGCAGUAUGGAAAGUUUUUGACCUUGGAGGAAGUGGCGUCUCUGGUCAGGCCAUCUCAGCUGACUGAGAAAGCUGUGUGGACAUGGCUGCAGGGUCAUGGGAUCCGAAACUGCCACACGGUGCUAACGCAAGAUUUCUUGCAGUGCACUAUGACUGCUCGGGUUGCAGAAACAUUGCUUCCAGGAACUGAAUUUCACCACUAUAAGAGAGGUGAUCAGACUGUAAUAAGGUCGUCCUCUCAGUAUUCGGUUGAUGACGAUGUGUCUGAGCAUCUGGAUUUUGUGGGUGGUGUGUUACGCUUUCCAUUGAGCAGUAAAGAAAUCAGUAAGGCCUGGGCAGGGCCCAGGAUAUCUGGAAAUGCUUUUCAUUUGGGUGUGACUCCUGCAACACUAAGAACUCGCUACAACCUGACCGCAGCUGAUGUUGGCAGUGCUGCGAACAACAGCCAAGCAGUGGCACAGUUCUUGGAGCAGUAUUACCACCCAGCAGACCUGGCUGAGUUCAUGAAAUUAUUUGCAAGUGGUUUCAAGCAUCUGAUUAAUGUUGAGCGAGUGGUGGGUAAGCAGGGAGGAGGAAAAGCAGGCGUGGAAGCCAGUUUAGAUGUGGAAUAUAUCAUGAGUACUGGAGCCAACAUCUCCACAUGGGUCUUCACCAACCCAGGUCGACAUGAGGCCCAGGAGCCAUUCCUUCAGUGGAUGCUGCUCCUUAGCAACAUGUCUGCAGUGCCUUGGGUGCACACAAUCAGCUAUGGGGAUGACGAGGACAGUCUAUCCACUGCCUAUAUGAACCGCAUCAACGUUGAAUUCAUGAAGGCUGGGCUCCGAGGAAUCUCUAUGCUCUUUGCAUCUGGGGACAGUGGGGCUGGCUGUCGGCACUUGACCAAAGAAAAUGUGUUCAGGCCAAGCUUUCCUGCUUCCAGUCCAUAUGUGACCACGGUGGGUGGGACAUCUUUCAAGAAUCCUUACAAAAUCACAUACGAGGUCACACAUUACAUCAGUGGGGGUGGCUUCAGUAACGUGUUCUCAAUGCCAGACUAUCAGGUUAGCGCAGUGAGCGCAUAUUUGAAAGGCGCACAGCUUCCUCCAGAGUCCUAUUUCAACCGCAGUGGAAGAGCCUAUCCUGACAUGGCAGCACUAUCAGACAAUUACUGGGUCGUUACCAACCUUGUACCCAUCCCAUUUAUAUCUGGAACCUCGGCCUCAACUCCAGUGGUAGGAGGAAUCCUCUCACUCAUUAAUGACCAGCGCUUCCUCAAAGGCCUUCCUUCGCUUGGUUUCCUCAAUCCACGACUGUAUAAACUCAAAGGCACUGGUCUUUUUGAUGUCACAGAGGGAUGUCACUUGGGUUGUCUGGAUGAGAAGGUUGAAGGGCAAGGUUUCUGUGCUGCUUCCUCAUGGGAUCCAGUGACUGGAUGGGGAACGCCAGACUACCCUGCUCUACUCGCUGCUCUGAUGAAGGACUAAAGACUCAGACGAUCAAAAGUGCUUGAAAAUGUUCACCUUUACCUUGCAAGACCUUAAAGAUAAUCUUGUUCUAUACAAUAACUGAGUAUCUCACAGCAGUAUGAUUCUAUGAGGCAUAGUGUUCUAACUACAUUUUUCUUUUACUGAGCAAAUACAAGUCAAGGUGAUGUAUAUUUUUUUAAGAUUAUUAAAAUUGGGGGGGGGGGGAAUACACCACACCACACACCUGCCCCUCUUGCAGUGAUCUAUAUUUAAGAUAAUGUUGUUGAAAAGCCCAGGACUAAAGUUUAUAAGCAUAAUAAACACUAGUGUUUAAAGAACGCAAGUCAGUCAUGUCUUUAAAGAGAAGCCAGCCACAAAAUCCACUGUUCCUGACCAUAAAUAUACUGCACUGGAGGUAUGUAUAUAUCUUUAGAUAUGUGGCCUUAAAACCUCUCAGGCUCUUUAACUAAUGUAAAACAAUUUUCAGUAAGAUUGCACUGAACAAUUUAUGCAGUGAAACUGAGCUGGAUUCUUAAGAUCAGUAAAAGUACCGGGAGGGGGGGACGACUUCCUGUUGAGUCCAUUCAUCUGUUUUGCACUGAGUUUGUCAAAGAAAAUGUCUAUUUUUCCUUAUAGAAAAAUAGCCAAUUUUCAAAUGAGCUUUAAGCUGCGUUACAAAGAACAACACUGGUUAUAUAACCUGCACUGAUAUGUAGGAUCAUGUAUCAUUAAUCUAGUUCAAAUGCAAAUUGAAUAGGGUCAGUAAUCAUAAUGUACACCUUUACCUUGUGUGUGUGUGUGUAUGUAUAUGUCACCUUAGACCACAAUAUUUGUGUUUUUUUUUUUUUUUACUAUUGCUGAAAUUCCUUUGAGGUCAUGAAUGUUGUUUUAGACACACAGUUGAGUUGAGCCAGGUCUGUUAAUCCAGGGAACAUGAUGCAACAGGGAACCUUUACUCGGUAUUUUUAAUGAUGACCAAUGAUUGAUGCAAAUCAAAUAAAAUCAUUUUGAAUAGCA